AGAGUACUCUUGAUACUCUUAUGGUAAUCGCAGCAUUGGCUUCUUGUGGUGCUAUCUGUUCACUAAUUCCUUCAGGAAAGCAGCAUCGUCAUCUGGAUCAAUUCAGGCGGGCUAUUGUAAAGCACAGCCGUGCUGAGUUUCCUACUUACUCAGUCUCCAAGGACGUAUCCUAAAGAGAAGUUGUGGAAUAGUCCAAUGAGUCCAUCGGCAUGGUCAAACUCUCCUGUUAAAGGUGUCCUUUCAUUCUCUACCAUUUCAGGGACAAGAAACCAGGAGUACUACUCAACUUUCCACAAGACAUGUAAUCGGAAGAAGUUUACAAAGCAAGAGUGGGAAGAUUUCACUCGAGAAUCAACCCGAAAAGCUAUGGCAGAACUGGCAGCAACUACAGAAUCCACUGACUGGGUCAUUGAGCCUGCAGACCGGAUAAAGCUCGUUUCAAAUGACAGUUCAGAUGAAUCAAUUGGGAGCAAAUCGAGUUCUAUAGACGAAGAAGCUAAAGAGAGCAGCAGUCAGUUUAGAUUCUUUAGUUGGAAACGAUGAAGUUGAAGAUAACAUUAACCUGGGAAUUACACAAGCAUAUGUUAAAUUAGCAUCAAAUUUAGGAAAUUUAGUAGCCAUUUGCCAAGUGCAAUCUCUGUGAGCAUUUAGCAGCCAUUUGACAUUUUCCAGAAAGUUAACUAACCACGUAACGCAUAUGGUGUUACCAUUUGAUGUAACUUGAGUAAUGUACAGACAAAGCUACGUGAACUGCGAGCGGUAACCGUUUUUUGGUAGUAGAUGUAGAUUAGAUU